CAAACUACCUACCUAUCAUAUACAUACUGGAUACUGGAUACUGGAUACUGGAUACUGAUAUUGAGCAGAGCCCCUGCAAUGAGUGGAGUGAAGAUGUUACAUUGCAUUCACAACCCCACCUUUGUACAGAGUAACCUUAGCACUUAGCAAUCCCAUGCAAGCUUCAAUAUCAAUAUCACUGAUGUAUCAAUACAACAAUACUCAAGUCGAGUAUUCGCCUCCAAAUCCCACCAAAAUGACCACCCCCAAUCCCCUAGAAAACACCCCUCCCUCCGCAUCUAUCUCAGAAAAAACCUAUCACGUCGCCGGUAUCCUCACGACCGUUUAUGGACUCGAAGAAAUAUCCCCCUCAUGUACAUCAAUAUCAUGUCUAUGGCUCCUCCAUCCACGACUCCAAACCAAGAAGAUAAUGGAACCUAUAGCCUCAAGAUGCAUACAGACAUGGAAUCAACAAUCGGGAUCUAGUCGAACGGUUGGUCUCAUUGCUGUUGCGUUUGAUCAGAGAAAUCAUGGAAGUAGGGAAGUGAAUGCUUUAGCGAAUGGAUCUUGGAGGGAUGGUAAUGAAACUCAUGCUCAAGAUAUGUUCAGGUUAGAAAUCAUGAUUUUGUUUAUAGAUUGAAAAUAGCUUAUAGUUUUUAGCAUUUUUCAUGGAACGGCAAUGGAUACAAGUCUUCUGAUAGAUCAUCUGCCUUCUUAUAUCUUCAAUACUGAAGACUCGCCUCUCAUUGAGCAACAUCUUGUCUUGGGUAUCUCCCUUGGAGGUCAUUCAGCAUGGCAGGUACUAUUCUCUGAUCCUCGAGUUACGGCUGGUAUUGUGAUUAUUGGAUGUCCUGAUUACCUCCGUGAGUCUCCAAGAAUUUUGAAAUCCAAAAAUGGCAGAUCACAUGUUAGGAGAGCAAACAUAUGAUUGUAUACUUUUAGCUUGAGCCUAUGCUUAGCCGAUUCAGUGUCCAGGGUCAAACUGAGCAAAGUUCUCCAAUCAUAUACAUGAGUCAACAAUCCUCAACAAACACAAACUAACAACCCCAGGUAUGAUGAUCGACCGAGCCCGCCUCUCCAAACUCCAAACCUACACCAGCUCCACAACCCCCGGCACCACCUUCCCAGGCAGCAAAGACUUUCCCCCCGCCCUCAUAAACAGCCUCAAAAAAUACGACCCCGUCGGUCUCCUCUUCGGCACCUCCCCUAUCCCCUCCACUUCCACAUCCCCCACCAAACAAAUCCUCCCCCAGCACCUCCAAAACAAGCGAAUCCUCAGCUGCUCCGGCGCCGACGACAAACUAGUCCCAUACCACUGUUCAUCACCCUUCCUGCAAUUUUUAAAAAAUGCCACUGCAGUCGGUGGAUACUAUGAAGAGGGGAAUGUAUAUGUAGAAGAUAAAGUGUAUGCGGGCGUAGGACAUGCGUUUAGCGAGGAGAUGUUUAGAGAUACGGUGAGGUUUGUGAAUGAGACUUUAGUGGCUAAGGAGGGAGAAGUGGUUGGUUUGUCGAAGAUGUAGCGUGGUUUGUAUGGUACGGUGUAAUGGAAAAUUUCUACUCGUACAGCGAAAUCAUAUGCGUUUUUCAUACCGAUACUGGUGUACUAAUCUCUCUAUCUAC